AUGUCAACCCCUGCAAGGAAGAGGUUGAUGAGGGAUUUCAAGAGGCUACAGCAGGAUCCACCUGCUGGUAUAAGUGGGGCCCCUCAAGACAACAACAUCAUGCUUUGGAACGCUGUUAUUUUUGGACCUGAUGAUACUCCUUGGGAUGGAGGGACGUUUAAGUUGACUCUUCAAUUCACAGAGGAUUAUCCAAAUAAACCUCCAACAGUCCGCUUUGUCUCACGAAUGUUUCAUCCAAAUAUUUAUGCAGAUGGAAGUAUAUGCUUGGACAUUUUACAAAAUCAGUGGAGUCCCAUAUAUGAUGUUGCUGCUAUACUUACUUCCAUCCAGUCCCUGCUCUGUGAUCCAAACCCAAAUUCCCCGGCAAACUCAGAAGCCGCUCGCAUGUUCAGUGAGAACAAGCGGGAAUACAACCGCAGAGUUCGUGAAAUAGUGGAGCAGAGUUGGACUGCUGACUGA